AAUCUCUCGAACGGUUGGGUCCCUCGUGUGAAUCAUUCGUCGUUUUAUUGCUCUCUGUUUUGUGCACUUUUCAAGAAUGGCAGACGAAAACUCCGGGACUGACACUGCUUCACCGCCAACUCCCGGAACGACACGAACACGAAAAAUGCGUCCUGAAAUACAAAUAUAUCGUCCAGGCAUGAUGCGUAAGGGGACGGACGUGACUGCGAAUGGACCACCACCAAGCGAUGCAAAACCCCCAGAACCACCUACUACACGCAGGCGUUCCCCUCGCAUUUCUCUUGACAUCAGUGGAGCAGGAAGAAUCAUCAGUGAAAAUAAUCAUAGAAGACGUAGCAAUGACACUGAGUCUGUCCAUUCUUAUCAUGGUGAUUCUGGGAGUACAACACCAGAUGCGGCUUCUAUGUGUAGCGAUCGGCGAGAUAGUUUCGGAAAAAUUCCGGGAUCGCGAACGUUUACGCGUGGUGGUGGUGGAAGAGGAGGAGCAUACUCAGAAAACAGGCAAGUAUACCAUGCUGGACGAAACGAUAUUUCAAAUUCGACUUCGAGUGGAAAAAGAAAUACACGAGAUUACAGUAAUAAGAAUUCACGACAGGGGAAUCGUGACGGUUACAACGAACGAAACACGAAUACCAAAUACUCUUAUAAUUCUACACAAUCACUAUAUGAUCCCCAACAACCAGGAGGUUAUCUAAGUCAUCAACCAACUUUCAAUAGAAGACGAGGGAAGCCGGAACAAGGCAGAGCUCCAUCACCGAUGCGAUUCAAGAGAGCGCAACUGCAACAGAAUGAACGUGCAUCAAUGCGUGCUGAGGCUGGACAACGACGGAAUGUUGGGAAUCGAAGACGAAAUGAUUCUAUGAACAGCACCCAAAGUGAAUAUGUACCGCAGUAUUACGACCGAUUACGCAGUGAUACUCAUUCGGAAACGCAAAGCGUGUCCGGUGAUGGGCCAGGGUCAUCGUCGUUGUCCUACAUGCAGUUGUGCCAGUCAUUUGAAUCAAUUGGAUCUUUUGAUUGGAGUCAGGAAGUAGAAUCGGAAUAUAACGCUAAGCAUGGAGAUGAGCAUGAGGAAGGCAGUGAUUGGGAUCGGGAGAAGUCAGAAAAUCGUAACAUCCAUAACAACUCACCUGCGAAUGAUUAUUCCCAUGGCGACUAUUCCCAUCCCCGACCAAGACGUGGUUUACUAAGGAUACCCAUCGGACUGAGAUCUGAUAGGGACAGGGAUGGACAUGAUAGCGAUCAUUCCUCCUCGAUACCGGGCAGUAUAGUUGAAGAAGAUUAUGAAGCUGAUGAUAUUUCUAGCGGAGAUGCUACACCAACAGAAGAUAGUGGAGAUGAAAGGCAUUGGACUAGGCAUAGGGAGAUAAGAAUGCCCAGAAUAGCCCGGAACAUAACCAACAAGGCGAACUACAAUGGCUCACCAUCCCGGCAAGAGACGAAGCCAAGUCGCUUGGCUGGUCGAUUGACGAUGGAGCAGACCACAGUCGAACCUCGCGCAGAGGAGACAUCCAUGCCUGCUAGAAGUCGCCCAGUACCUCGCGGAGAAGCAAUUCGAACAUAUGUUCCGCCAGCGAAACGAGCAGCCGAGCGGAACGAUUCCCCCAAAACGAAUGCGGACGUGCGAAACAGUGUGGCUACAAAUUCUACCAGUGUAAAAGAAGAAGAAAUGCAACCUGCUUCAACAUCUCAUCAAUCAUCUCACAAUGCUCAACCACGUCAAAUGACAGAUUAUCCGGUGUAUCAUGAAAUCGCCAGCAAUGAAGGACCAAAAAUGCAAAAGAUCAACGACACAAUCACAUCAUUACUCGCACAAGUGCAAAAAAGAGAUACAAGAGCAGCUGAAAAAGUUGUUCAACUAAGCGCUGAGCUGGCAGAAAUCUAUUAUGGAGUCCUAUUACGUGACAUAUUCUUCACAUUUACUAUGAAUCUGGAGCAGCAUCUCUGGAAACAAGCAUUCUAUAAGCCAAUCGAAGUAUUCAAGACGGUAGUGAAUUCCCCAAAAGAAAAUACAAAAGUUUUCCGAGGAAUUCUGUUGGCAUUACUCACAAAGGGAAUUGCUUUUUACGAACGUCUUAUUGAUCAUUACCAGAAAGAGCUAAAUGUUGAUUUGGACAAAGCUAUGCUGGUACCAUCACUUCUUCACGAAAAUGAUUUUUGGAAUGUGAGAGAUUAUUUAAGUAAUGCUGAGAAUGGAGCAAGCAAGCAAAGGGUAGCUGUAAAGUCAUGUUCACGGCAUUUGAUAUGUAUGGGGGAUCUUAAGCGUUACAAGACGCUAGUCGAAGGAAGCGAAGACUAUAGCGAUGCUAAACUUACUUACUCGAAGUCAGCCUUAUUAUGGCCCUCAUCAGGGCAUUGUUACAAUCAACUUGCUGUCAUUGCUUACUUUUCGAUGCUGUACCGAAGCAGACGGCGUGCACGUAAUACACCGCUCGAGAUACUCUCCAACAGACGACAGGGUCAUGCGUUGGAUGAGAUCUACUAUUGUGUGAGGGCUUUGUCAGCUUGCCAUCCAUUUGAGGCUGCGCGAGAUCGCCUAUAUGCACGUUUAGCGGCUAUGAAACGAAAAGUCGACAAAUAUGAACCUCUCUUGGAUGCUGAGUGCGGUGAGGUACACGAAGAUGCAGAGUUAGCUGCAAGUGCUGAUCGACCCUAUGAAAUCUGGCUUGACAUGGAAGGACCAAAUAUUGAGUCAGCUGAUGAUGGGGCUCACGUAUUUCGAUCAUUUUUGGAUCAGCAACCUAGCAAAUUACAUCGCCGUGCUAUAUCUUACAUAAUCAGCACUGUUGGCUUGCUGAUAACUAAAAUUGGGAUGGAGUCAUUUCCAAGCGUAUCUGAACGUGCCAUCGGUCAGCUGGCUGCACUCGUGGAACAAGAUUCGUCCCCAGUCACAGCUGCUCAGCUUACCCAAAUUGCUUCUCUUUUCAUCUAUGCUGUGCAUUGUAACGGAAUUGUUGGUGAUGCUGACAUAUGUAGCGUGCAACAACAACAAGCUGUACGAGCUCUUGUUAGCAUAUUUGGUGCCUAUCUGCGUCCUAUCGUAAUUCGACUGGAUGAAGUUCGCUCAUGGAUCCAAGGCACCGCUCCAGUACCAUCUGUGGUUGCUCGUGUACUACCAGCCAUCUGCGUCUUGUGUGAAUGGUUUUCAUGCCCGCUGGCAUCAUCUAUUUAUCGAACCAUGCCUUCUGUAGAAGCAUUGCCAAUGUCAAUAGUUGAUAUCGAUACUUGGCAUUUCCUAGCGAAAAUAGCAAAUGAGUUGAUGCAAUGGCAAGAUAGUGGCAUGCUAGCGAGGAUCGAAAAUAGUGAAGCCUCCACUAAGUCCUUCAUGCUACCUGAGCUGGCAUAUAUGGCAUCUUUCUCGAAUGUCUUCCCUCCGUUCCCUCGCAUACUGCACUGCACACUUCCAGCAGAUUGUGGAGAGCAGUUGAUUCCGCUUCAUCUAAGGCUAGCCCAGCUCAUGUUGGCCGCAGAAUAUCUGGACGGUUCGGAACUUUCCUGUUUCUAUUUUUGUGAGAAGACAGGGAAAUUUAUGAGGAGUGAGCGAGUGGAUGGAGAACAUCUGGAACAUCCAAGUGGUUUGACCAACCAUCGUGAUGAGGUAAGUAGUGCAAAAGAAUCGGAGGCUUCAGCAACACCGCUAACAAGGGAAGAGCUGAUAGAACGGGAGAUUCGAAAACAUGAGCAAUUAUUAGUUGUACGGCCAUUGUAUAUCGUCAUUGACACUAACGCUUUUAUCGAUCAGCUAACAGCAAUCCAGAAGAUCCAACAAUGCGAAAGAUUCCGGAUACUCAUCCCAACCACAGUAAUGGAAGAAUUGAUGGAAUUACAACAUGGCGAAGUACAUAGUAUCCAUGCAGAAGCAGCUAUAGCAGGAGCACGACAAGCUAUGACUUGGUUACGAGAACAAACGCGGCUGAAAUGCCCUGGAAUGUUUACGCUGACGAUGCGUGGACGACGCGUGCCGAUUACGGUAGUGCGAGAAGAAUCAGCGGACGAUCGUGAAUUGGUGAACGAUGACCGUAUCCUCCGGUCAUGUGUGAACUUCACACAACUUGAACCUGCGCUGGAAUCCACCUUCGCAGAUUUCAAAAAGCCGCAGGGUCGAGACACGCCAAUCAUCUACCGUAACCUGAUCUUAUUGACAGAGGACCGUGUGUUGAAUAUGAAAGCGAUGACCGAGCACAUACCGUGCCGAACGAUGACGAGAUUUAUGAAAUGGGCCAAAAUUAGCUAGCUAGUUGUAUGUGUGUGUGUAUCUGCCGAAACUACUUCAUAUUUGCUCAGUGCAGGGAUGAACACGUGCGCGCAGCGCGCGCACCGCACCGCGCCAGUGUCGCACUGUUCUCUCCGAUCCCACAUUUAUGUACUAUCCCUCGUUCGUAUCUCAGUGUCUCUAUAUGUGUGUAGUACAUAUUUGAUACUCUCCUUACAGUACAUACGCGCGAAUGAUUGUAUGUUGAUUGAUGUAUUGAUUUGGUUGAUUGAUGUGUAUUGAUUAGUGUGUAUUUGUCACUAGAGCCUCUCACCUAAGGGAUAGCAGCAGUGCCAAAAGAAGUACUAUAGUAUGAAUUACUCUGUUAAUUCAGUGCAAAUCGACAAACGAUGUGGAACGGGUAGCUUGGCACGAGAAUAUUUUCUCUACUGUGCGCUUAGAAUACGAUAUCUGUAGUUUUCUGUAGUUGUUGGAAAACACGUGAAUGUGCACACGUGUGUGCUAGGCUGGUACGAGAUCCGGCAACCCGCCAUCGGUGCGCGCCACUGCUUUGCUCGAGAUCUUUUAGUGUGUGCGAUUGUGCGUAUUGUAUUGCUCGAUAUACACAAUGUGACUGUGGUGAGAAACGGUUGAUACUUGGAUGCCUCAUUAUAGCUCCUUCACGAUCUGUUGUUCCCUUGAAUGUCAUUGAAGGAGUUUUUUUCAUUGUUUCAAUAAAGACUUAUUAUUUA